CAAUUUUACACUUACAUAACCAAACGUACCACCAUUCUGGGAAAUAUAAAAUGUAGGAUAGUCGCAAGCCACUCAAGGUCGUCAGAACGAAACAGGGGUAAUUUCGAUACUGAGGUGUACUGCGUCAGGUGUUUAUAAACUGUUACACAGUCUGUAAAGCUAGAAUUUCGUUUUUAACUAGUGUCAAAAUUAUAAUGUAUGUAGAAAUUUUAUUCGCUUGGUAAAUUCUCAAGGUUUACAGUCGGUUUUCUUGUCCUAGGAAAGAUUUUCACUAGAAACCCUCACAUUCAAAAGAAUAGCUAUUGUUUUUGUUGUUUUCCACGUCAUGAAUGCCAGUAUAAUGAACUUUACUGUUAUUAUCAUGAUACGUCCUUGCAUACUUUUCACGAGAUGUUGGGCAAUCCCUCCAAGGUCUCUAAAAAAAACGGGAUCUUACGAAUGAAUAUGGAUGGAUUUCCUCAGUGUUAUAAAAUUCUGAAGAAACAUUGUAAAAAAACCCAAAAUUCUUGGGGAUGUUUCCAAAACAGGAUUUUUCGAGACUUGGGGAAAUCUUCGGGGUUUUGUGUCAUUUCUACAAAAUGGACAAUCUCACCGAAAUAAAGAGAUUGGGUACAAUAUCCAUAGAAAUAUCUUCAAUAUCAAGUGACGUAUUUUUGUAAUCCCUCUUCCUCCUCUUUGUAUUCACUAUGUAUACAGAUAAUAAAGAAGCAUUGCUUAUCGUCUAGCUGUUAUGUGAAAGUUAAAAAGCAUCGUCUCCUGUUAAAUAUUAUUGUUUUGAAUAAAUUAUGAAGUUCUGUGGCCACACACCAAUAUUCUACAAAGCAAUCAAGAGAUUUUAUCCACCGGAUUCGUAUGGUUCUAAACAAUCAGGGUUUUUAACAGUUUUUUGGCAUGGAAUAUUGAUUAGGUUGAUCUGCUAUCUCCGUGUACACACACAAGUCUCUAGGUACCACUAAUAACUUCCAUAGUAUUGAUGACAUACAGCUACUCUUGACUAAUGUGUAAAUAAAGUAUUUUAAUGAAAAUAGUUUAUGAUGCGUUUUCUAAACGAAAGCUGAAAAGGUCCUCCCUCAUCAACGCUAAAGGAGAGUUUGCUGCUUCUUAUUUUGACUUUAUACCAUUUAAUUUAUAAUUCUGCUGUUUCUUUUUCGUUCUUGAUGUUAAUCACAUUGCCAGUUAUUGACUUUAAAUGUACACAGGCAGGAAGGCAACCCAAGUUUGUUUUUUUUUGCUUUUUAUCAACAGGUAAACUCCUUAUCCCAGUUUAGGAAAAUCUUCAAUGUUCAACUUUGGUGGCUUUCUAUUCCUUUUCGUUAUAGUUUGUUUGAUUCUUCUUUAGUAUUUUCCAGAUGUCGGGAAACACAUCACAGUCACAAUGUAUUAAGGAAUUGCUAGAUAGUUUUUUUCGGGGUAUAUUAUCUGCAAAGUUAGAUGAUCAAAAAGUUCUGUCAAAUUCGAUACCGCUCAUUGGGAAACUAGUGUUUGGCGAUUCGAAACUCACUUAUAAUGAGGCACUAUACUUGUUUUGUCGACUUGAACGUGAUUAUUUAUCUCUCGACAUAUUUCCUAAUAAAUCUUUAUUUUCACGAAAAGAGGACUGUUUAAGAUCAUAUAACUCACUACGUGCUGGUUUUGAUAGUGUAUUCAACAAUCCUACUUUGUCGAAUAAUGAGCUUUAUUUCACUGUAUAUAUGCGAAUCUUUACUGCAUCCAGAGGACAAUUAAUAUCAUUAUAUCGAAAAAUUGCAGAAAAUCCCCUACUAAUUAUUACAAGCUGUUCUUCACUCAUUAUUUCUCUCAAAAGUAUAUUAAAUCAACUUUCAACUACUGAAAAUGAACUUACCAAAGCAUUUCUUCAUAUAUCGCAAUCAAUAAAACUAGAAGUAGUUAUACUACAUGAAUUGCUUAGUGCUCAAAUUGCAAUAUCAGAUCUCAUGUUUUUGGAAUCUCUGCUUAGUUUAAAUCGAGCGAAAGAUAAUCUAGACAAACUGCGUAAACUUCUCAACUCUAAAGGUAGUACUUCACCCAGUAAACAAUUACCACUUGUAGCAUGGCUUGAAUGCUUUUACGCUCAUUUGCUUAGUAAAUAUACUUUGUACUGGUUUGAAAUCUUGGUUCGUUCUGCAUCCAAUCUUCAGGAAAUUGAAGAAACAGCAAACUCAGAAAAUCUGAAUCUGGUUGCCAAUAUCACAAGAUUCCAACGAGAAUCUAAUGCACUAAAUAUCUCAUUAUUAUUCGAUACAACUUGUCAGUCAUUUCCAUUCCUUGGACAUGGUUAUGUUUUGAGAGGUUCUGUUGGUGAUGCGCCAAAAGGAAUUGAAAGUAUUCCACCAAUUUUUAAUGCUCCAUUGGGUAGUUCAUUGUCUCCGGUUGAUAUUUACACAAUUGUUAUGCAAAUCAACAGUACUCUUCAUCUUAGUGGUGAUGAUAAAAUUGAUGUUAGUGAUAUUUUAAAACAACCUCGUUAUGUAUAUGACGAGAAAUUAAAUCAUACAUAUUAUAUUAAAAAAUUAGAAUGUCGUGUAUUUUUAGCGCUGGUUUAUGAAGGUUUGAAAUCCCAUAAAGAUAAAUUAAUUAAUGAAUUUAUAUCAAUGCUCACAGAUACGAUUUGUUUACAUAAGGUGGUCAAUCUGCUAAAACAGCACCGACAACAAUUCUCUUCAUCACCAUCUACUGAUCGAAGAAGUUUACGGUCGUUGUUUUUUCACUGAUUUUCCCUACCGUUCCUUUUUUUAUCAAUUUCUAAUCGUUCUAGUCAGAUAACAUAUAAUUUUCAUUAAUUUCUUAUUGUACAUAUGAACAAUUUUAGCUUGUGAUUUCUAAAAAAUGAAUAAUAAUUUGGAAUAAAGAAAUAUCAGUUGUAGUCUCUUA